UACAUCUUCAGAGCUCUCAUAGCACCGAAGUGAUUUUUCUUCUGUUCCUACUCCAAAAGCUACAAAUGAGCGAAGGAAAGCUUCUUUGGCUCCUCACUCUCACCAUCUUCUUCCACAGCCGCUCUCUCCAUGGCAAUUCAGAAGGCAGACUUGCUUCUCCAUCAAACUCUUGCUUCGUCGAUGAUGCUGAAGAGUGUGAUGCCACUAUACAUGGCUUCAAUGGAUCGAUCGUGGGGUUCCCUGGCUCACUCUUUAGACCUUUGCCUUCUCGCGGCGUCUUCAACGUGGAGGACUACGGCGCCAAAGGUGAUGGAACGGAUGACAGCCAGGCAUUUGGAGAGGCCUGGAGAGCAGCUUGCAACUCCUCUUCCUCGGCUGUUCUGCUGGUGCCGGAGAACAACAAGUACAUCCUAAAGCCAGUCGCCUUCUCCGGCCCCUGCAGAGCUCAUAUGACGGUCAUGAUCAAGGGAACACUCGAAGCUUCUUCGAACCGAUCGGACUGGAACGUAGACAACAUCAGGCACUGGAUCCUGUUCGACGGCAUUAGGAACCUUGUGGUACGAGGCGGCGGAACCGUCGACGGCAACGGACACGUUUGGUGGCAGCACUCGUGCAAGCGAAACACGUCUCUGCCUUGCAUUGAUGCGCCGACGGCCUUGUUCUUUAGUUCCUGCAAGAACUUGGUAGUCGAGGACCUCGUGGUGAAAGAUAGCCAGCAAAUGCAUGUUGCGUUCCGGAGAUGCACCAACGUGAAAGCUUCCAAGCUGACCAUCUCCGCCCCUGAAUCCAGUCCUAACACCGAUGGAAUUCAUGUCAGUGGCACCAAAAGCAUCCUCAUAAAAGAUACCAUCAUCGAAACAGGGGAUGACUGCAUAUCGAUCGUAUCGGGGUCGCGAAGAGUGAUCGCGACGAGAAUAGUGUGUGGACCAGGCCAUGGAAUCAGCAUUGGGAGUUUGGGAGCUAACAACACCAGGGCACACGUAUCCAAGGUGUUGGUGGACAAGGUCAUAUUGAAGGGCACCACAAAUGGUGUCAGGAUCAAGACAUGGCAGGGAGGGCAUGGUUAUGCCAAGCACAUCAUCUUCCAGAAUGUAUUCAUGCAUGAUGUCCAAAAUCCUAUAAUCAUCAACCAGAACUACUGUGACUCCAGAAUUCCUUGCCAUGAACAGAACUCGGCUGUGGCAGUGAGCCGUGUGCUUUAUAGGAAUAUUAAAGGAACGAGUGCUUCGGAGUUGGCCAUGGAAUUCGACUGUAGCAGAAGUCAUCCCUGUCGUCACAUAGUGUUGCAGGAGAUCGAGUUGGUGGGAGAAGGUGGAGGUCCUGCAGCAAGCUUAUGUAGGUAUUUCAAGUGGGAAGAGAUUGGGAAGAUCAUUCCUGCUCCAUGUGCCUGAAACAA